AUGUCUUUCAUCAGAACCCCCGUCAGAUCCGCUUUGAAUGCCUCCAGAAACUCUGGUGUGGCCAAGAUGUCCAUUGGUGCCGUUAGAACCAAAGUCAGCCUUCCAGACCUGAAAUGGGACUUUGGUGAUCUGGAGCCAUUCAUUUCUGGUCAGAUCAACGAAUUGCACUACACCAAGCACCACCAGACCUACGUCAACGGUUUCAACACCGCCAUUGAGCAACAUGCCGAGGCCCAAGCUGCCGGUGACGUCAAGAAGGCUGUUGAAUUGCAGCAACACAUCAAAUUCCAUGGUGGCGGAUAUUUGAACCACAACCUCUUCUGGGCCAACCUUGCACCAGCCAAGCAGGGUGGUGGUGAGCUGCCUGCCGAGAACACCGGUUUCCACAAGAAAGUUGUUGAGCAGUACGGUUCUUUCGACAAGUUGAUUGCUCUCACCAACACCAAGCUCGCUGGAAUCCAAGGUUCUGGCUGGGCUUUCAUUGUCAAGAACGCCGAGAACGGUGCCAUUGAGGUUAUCCAGACCUACAACCAGGACACUGCCACCGGCCAGUUCAAGCCUUUGGUUGCUAUUGACGCUUGGGAGCACGCAUACUAUUUGCAAUACAAGAACGUCAAGGCCGACUACUUCAAGGCCAUCUGGAACGUCAUCAACUGGGCUGAGGCCUCUAAGAGAUUUGACGCUGCUUGA